AUGGCAACAGCAGUAGACACAAGCAACAUGACGAACCCAUCCUUCGUCCUCCAAUCCCUCCACCACGUCCAAAUCGAAGACCGGCCCAUCCCCGCCCUCCGCUCGCCCACCCACGACGUCCUCCUGCACAUCGCGCAGACGGGCAUCUGCGGCAGCGACAUCCACUACUGGCAACGCGGGCGCAUCGGGUCCUUCGUCCUCGACUCGCCCAUCGUCCUCGGCCACGAGUCGUCCGGCACCGUCGUGCGCGCCGGGAGCGGCGUCUCCCCCCACCACCUGCGACCGGGCGACCGCGUGGCCGUCGAGCCGGGCGAGCCGUGCCGGCGGUGCGCGCACUGCCGCGCGGGCGAGUACAACCUGUGCGCGGCCACGAUAUUCGCGGCGACGCCGCCGCACGACGGCACGCUGCAAAAGUUCUUCGCCGUCGCGGCCGACUACUGCUACCGCGUCCCCGCGCACGUCGACAUGGAGGAGGCGGCGCUGGUGGAGCCGGUGGCGGUGGCGGUGCAGGUGUGCAAGACGGCGGGGGUGCCGCUGGGGGGCCGCUCCGUGCUCGUGUUUGGGUGCGGGCCCAUCGGCGUCUUGUGCCAGGCUGUGGCGCGGGCGUACGGCGCGAGCGUCGUGUGUGGCGUUGAUGUGGACGAGUCGCGGCUGGAGCUGGCGCGGGCGUUUGCGGGGAGCGAGACGGUGAUGAAUCCGAGUGUGGGGGAUGAGGGCGGGGAGGGCGGCGCGAGGGAGCCGGUGGAGAGGGCUGAGGUGGCGGCGGGGUUGUUGAAGGAGAGGCUGGGGCUGGGAGAGGGCGCGGAUGUCGUGUUGGAGUGCACCGGGGCGGAGCCGUGUAUACAGGCGGGCGUGUUUGCUGCGAGGAGCGGGGGCGUCUACGUCCAGGCGGGGAUGGGCAAGGAGAAUGUGACGUUCCCCAUCACUACGGCCUGCAUCCGUGGCCUGACCAUCAAGGGCUCCAUCAGGUAUACCGCUGGGUGCUACCCUGCGGCCAUUGACCUCGUUGCCUCUGGCAAGGUGCCUGUGAAGAAGCUGGUGACACACCGCUUCAAGUUUGAGGAGGCCGAGAAGGCGUUCGAGUUGGUAAAGGCGGCAAAAGAAGGAGUGUUCAAAGUGGUCAUUGCCGGCGUGGACCAGCCGCUGCUUGGAUAG